UCACUGGUGGAGGUCGGAUGUCGCCUGACCGGAUGAUAACGAGAAGUUUUGUUUUGUGAGUUUACGAACGAUUGAUCCUCAGAUCAGCACACGGAUAUUAAUGAAUGCGCCGUAAUACGCGUCCUCUGCCUGUCAGCGAGUGUCUUGCGAGUUAUUUGCCUUUGACAGACUGAUCUGGAAGUGUUUGAAGGGUGGAAAUCGAACACUUGAAAGUAGCCCGAGUGCCUUGCUGCCGCGAGCCCGUUCCUGCGCGCUGAGAGACGGUCAGAAACCAUGGGCAACCGGGGGAUGGAGGAUUUGAUCCCCCUGAUCAAUAAACUCCAAGAUGCUUUCAGUACCAUUGGCCAAAGUUGUAACUUGGAUCUGCCGCAGAUAGCCGUGGUUGGAGGACAGAGCGCCGGAAAAAGCUCCGUGCUGGAAAAUUUCGUCGGCAGGGAUUUCCUUCCCCGAGGCUCAGGCAUAGUCACACGCAGGCCUCUCAUUCUGCAGCUAGUUAACAACAAAGCUGAAUAUGCGGAAUUCUUGCACUGCAAAGGGAGGAAGUUUGUUGACUUUGAUGAAGUCCGGCAGGAAAUUGAAGCAGAGACCGACAGGAUUACCGGGUCCAAUAAGGGCAUCUCUCCAAUUCCCAUCAACCUGAGGGUUUACUCGCCACACGUAUUGAAUCUGACUCUAAUCGAUUUGCCCGGAAUGACUAAGGUUGCCGUGGGCGACCAGCCGCCAGACAUCGAGCACCAGAUUCGAGACAUGCUUAUGCAGUUCGUCACAAGGGAAAGCUGCCUGAUCCUCGCCGUCACCCCGGCCAACACUGACCUGGCCAACUCAGACGCUCUCAAGCUGUCUAAGGAGGUGGACCCUCAAGGACUGCGUACCAUUGGUGUGAUUACUAAACUGGAUCUAAUGGAUGAGGGUACAGACGCCCGGGAUAUAAUGGAAAAUAAACUCUUACCACUGCGUAGAGGUUAUAUAGGCGUAGUGAACCGUAGUCAGAAAGACAUAGAUGGCAGGAAGGACAUUCGUGCUGCACUGGCAGCAGAAAGGAAGUUCUUCCUGUCCCAUCCCAGUUACAGACACAUGGCUGAACGAAUGGGAACACCACACCUGCAGAAGACCCUCAACCAGCAAUUGACCAACCACAUCCGGGACACGCUACCCGGCUUGCGCAGCAAACUCCAGUCUCAGCUUCUCUCUCUGGAAAAAGAGGUGGAAGAGUAUAAGAACUUCCGCCCGGAUGACCCUACGCGAAAAACCAAGGCCCUACUGCAGAUGGUCCAGCAGUUUGGAGUGGACUUUGAGAAGUGCAUCGAGGGCUCCGGAGACCAGGUGGACACGGCAGAGCUGUCCGGAGGUGCCAGGAUUAACCGAAUUUUCCAUGAGCGCUUCCCAUUUGAGCUGGUGAAGAUUGUGUUUGACGAGAAGGAGCUCCGGAGAGAAAUCAGUCAUGCCAUUAAGAACGUCCAUGGCGUCAGAACUGGGCUGUUCACUCCAGAUCUGGCGUUUGAAGCCAUCGUGAAAAAGCAGAUCAUUAAGCUGAAAGAGCCCUGUCUGAAAUGUAUCGAUCUGGUUAUUCAGGAGCUCAUCAACACAGUCAGGCAGUGCACCAACAAGCUAGGCUCUUACCCCAGACUGCGAGAAGAGACCGAGAGGAUUGUCACUACUUAUGUCAGAGAGAGAGAGGGCAAGACCAAGGACCAGGUCCUUCUGCUGAUUGACAUUGAGCUGUCAUACAUCAACACCAACCAUGAGGACUUCAUUGGAUUUGCAAACGCCCAGCAAAGGAAUAUCGUUAACAAGAAGAGGGCCAUUCCCAACCAGCUAGGUGGCCUGAGAGAAGGUGAAGCCGAGAAGGUGAUCCGUAAAGGCUGGCUAACCCUCAACAUCAGCAUUAUGAAGGGUGGCUCCAAGGAGUACUGGUUUGUCCUGACGGCCGAAUCGCUGUCCUGGUACAAGGACGAGGAGGAAAAAGAGAAGAAAUACAUGCUUCCUCUGGACAACCUGAAGCUCAGAGACGUGGAGAAAGGCUUCAUGUCUACCAAGCACAUUUUUGCAAUCUUCAACACGGAGCAAAGGAACGUGUAUAAGGAUUUGCGUCAGAUCGAGCUGGCCUGUGAUUCGCAGGAGGACAUGGACAGCUGGAAAGCCUCUUUUCUCCGAGCAGGCGUUUAUCCUGAGAAAGAUCAGGUGGAGUCAGAAGAGGCCACUCCAGUCGACAGCUUCUCCAUGGACCCUCAGCUGGAGAGGCAGGUGGAGACCAUUCGUAACCUGGUGGACUCCUAUACUGGUAUCGUCAACAAGACCAUCAGAGACCUCAUGCCCAAGACUAUCAUGCAUCUCAUGAUCAACAACGCGAAAGACUUCAUCCACUCCGAGCUGUUGGCAUACCUGUACUCCUCAGGAGAUCAGAACAGUCUGAUGGAGGAGUCUGCUGACCAGGCCCAGCGCAGAGACGAGAUGCUGCGUAUGUACCACGCCAUAAAAGAGGCCCUCAGCAUCAUCGGUGACAUCAGCACCAGCACUGUGUCCACUCCUGCGCCUCCGCCCGUCAACGACAGCUGGAUUCCAGAGAAUAGCCCCACCCCCCAGCACAGACCGGCUACAUCGGCCCCCCCCCCCAGGACGCCU